AUAAAUCGUGACAUUUGUGUAGCAAUUAAAUCAGUUCAGUUCUCUACAUCAAUCUAAUAAGGACCUAAACUGUACAAAAAUAUGAAGAAGUUAUUAAUAAUUUCUCUUUUAAUUCUAUGUGUUUCUGCUGGGAUUCUUGAUAGGUUUAAACAGUUCGUCAACAAGCAUAGAAAGAACUAUGCACGCCUUUCAGCUGCUGAAAAAUCUAUUCGACAGAGAAUUUUUUUAAAAAAUUUAAAUUUCAUCGAUAAAGUUAAUAAAUUCUUAAAAAAUAGAUUUAAAAUCGGUCUGAAUGAAUUUUCCGAUCGUGAUCCAAAGCAAUUUAUCAAAGAAAUGUGUAAAACAAGACUUCCAGCUCGGCCUAGAUCGUUGCCAUCAUCGACUUAUUUAUUUGGAUCUAAUACACUAGAUUCAGUUGAUUGGCGUAGAUAUGCACAGCCAAUUGCCCAUCAAGGAGGUUGUGGAGCAUGUUGGGCAUUUUCUGCUGCAUCUGUAGUUGAAUUUUUCAAUGUAAUGAAAGGAAAUUGGAACUACUCAAUUUCUGAACAGAAUAUUGUUGAUUGUGACUAUGAUGAUUUUGGAUGUGAUGGUGGUUGGCCUAAAACAGCACUUGAUUUCUUAAAAAAUUCAUAUGGGAACAAACUAGCCAAAGAAAUCGACUAUCCAUUCAUCGGAAUGAAAGCUUCAUGUCGUAGAGUUCAACAUUACAUACCACUUAACAUCGCAAAUACAUUUGAAGUGAUUUUAAAUGGAAAUGAAACAACACUAAAGUCAAUCGUUGCGAAUCAAGGUCCUGUUGCUACUGCUAUGCUAGUAUCAGAUUCUGGACUUUUUCAACUUUAUGAGAGUGGAAUUUUUGAUGAUCCAACUUGUCCUGAAACUACAACUGAUUCGAAUGAUUGUUUUGAUGUAAAUCACGGAGUUGUUAUUGUUGGAUAUGGAAAAGAUUCAGCUACAAAUGAACAGUUUUGGAUAGUUCGGAACUCUUGGGGUACUGAUUGGGGUGAGUCAGGUUACUUCCGCAUGAUCAUGGGGAAAAAUGCUUGUAAUAUUGCAUGCUAUGCAAUUGGAGUUGAGUGAAAAAAUAUUUGAACGUCCCAA